CAUUCAUUUCAAGUGUUCUAUUUUUCAGUUUUUUCACUUCACUUUCUUUUCUUUUCUCUUCUCUCUCUCUCUCUUUUUCAAAAUCGCCAUGCCAGCCACUGCUUCCGAAACUCACUUCGAUCUCUCUCUGACAUCGCCGGCCUCCCACUCUUCCUCCUUCAUCGGGGAUUAUACAUUUGCCGAUGUGAGUAACCUCGACCACUGUGCUAAGUACUUGAACCAGACGCUCGUCACCUUCGGUUUCCCGGCUUCCCUCGAUCUCUUCAACAAUGAUCCGGUUUCAAUUGCUAGGACUUGCAAUUGUAUAUACUCUUUGUUGCAGCAGAGACAGCGGGAUAUUGAAUUUCGGGAGUCUGCUAAUGACCAGCGGCAGAGAUUAUUAUCAGACAUAUCAAGGCUAGAGGCUAAAGUUGAGAGACUUGAGGCACAGAUACAGGCCAAAGAUAGGGAGAUAGCAACUAUUACUCGAACGGAAGCCAAAGCUACGGCUGCUUUUAAGGCCCAGAUUGAGAAACUACAGCAGGAACGAGAUGAAUUUCAGAGGAUGGUCAUUGGUAAUCAGCAAGUGAGAACUCAGCAGAUACAUGAGAUGAAGAAAAAAGAGAAGGAAUAUAUCAAGUUGCAGGAGAGGUUGAACCAAGUGUUGAUGGAGAAGAAGAAGGAAUCUAGAUCAGGCAUGGAGAUUAUGAAUCUGCUGCAGAAAGAAGGGCGGCAGCGUGGGACUUGGAAUGGGAAGAAGGCUGAUAAUGAUUUUUAUAAGAAAAUUGUGGAUGCUUAUGAGGCAAAAAAUCAAGAAUUGAUGGCGGAAAAUACUGAUUUAAGAGCAUUGUUACGUUCAAUGCAGGUUGAUAUGCGUGAUUUCAUAAAUGCUCCAAAUGGUUCAUCCAAGCAAUCUAUUCCUGUCAAUGAAAGACUUGAAACUGAUCCCUCUCAAUCUCCUUUGGGUGGGAGGACGGAUGUCUUUGACCUGCCUUUUCACAUGGCUAGAGCUCAAAUAGAAGAAAGUCUUCGAAACAAGAUGGCUUCCAUAAAGGAGCGCAUGGUUCAGUUACAAGAUGCACAAAAAGAAGCGGAAGUUACUUCUGAAGCUACUGAGAGAGAGCUUGAACUUGAAGCACAACUUGUUGAGGCAAGAAGCAUAAUUCAAGAGCAGGCAUCCAUAAUGUCAAAACAUCUUGCUAAAUCUGACAGGCCAAGGGAAUCCAUCAUUUCAUCACCAGCAGAGGACUUAUGAAAUCAAAGAAGCAGCAAAGCAAUAUAGGGUUUCGGCCUUGAAGUUCAUGGACAUUGGCCAUACAGCGUGUAAGCCUUUCGUCUACAUGUUUCUAACCGAGGUACCCAGUAGUCUGAUUCACUUUUGUUAUAAAAACUUUGAAAGGCUACUUUUUAGCUGUAAUGUAAUUGUUAUUGUCAAAUGAUUAACGUAUGCUGCAGUCGAGCUUAACCAAA